AUGCCAACGGGUUGGAAAGAGCCAGAUUCGCCUUCAUCCAGGAGGAGCUAUGCAAGCUAUGCUCAAAGCAAGAACGAGGACUUGCCUGUACGCAGAAGGAGCCCACCCAAGAAAGUGGAUGCACUGGACCAGCAGGAAGCACUUUUUUGCCAAGAUAUGCGGCGCUUGACGCGGGUGGCAAAGGCAUGCGCAGAGGAUGCUUUGCGAGAGCUCAAGAGCCUCCGCAGCGAAGCUGAUGACCUGCGAAAGCAGCUGAAGAGCCUCACGAGCUCAAACUCGCAAGAUGGCAGUCCAGCCAGAUCGCAGGCACGAAGGCGAGAGCCGAGAUUGGCUGGGAGACUCUCCGCGCGCUAA